AUGAUAGAAGAGCUGAGAGACAUAGAACAGGCUCAGGUAAGUAGGAGAGCUAUGACAGAAGAGCUGACCGAACAUAGAACAGACUCAGACACAAACACGGAAGAGAUGAUCCAGAAAGAGAAGGAGCAAAAUGCACAGGGUGACCCCUGUUUAGAAAUGAAGGACUCAGCUAGAGCAGACACAAACACGGAAGAGAUGAUCCAGAAAGAGAAGGAGCAAAAUGCACAGGGUGACCCCUGUUUAGAAAUGAAGGACUCAGCUAGAGCAGACACAAACACGGAAGAGAUGAUCCAGAAAGAGAAGGAACAAAAUGCACAGGGUGACCCCUGUUUAGAAAUGAAGGACUCAGCUAGAGCAGACACAAACACGGAAGAGAUGAUCCAGAAAGAGAAGGAGCAAAAUGCACAGGGUGACCCCUGUUUAGAAAUGAAGGACUCAGCUAGAGCAGACACAAACACGGAAGAGAUGAUCCAGAAAGAGAAGGAGCAAAAUGCACAGGGUGACCCCUGUUUAGAAAUGAAGGACUCAGCUAGAGCAGACACAAACACGGAAGAGAUGAUCCAGAAAGAGAAGGAGCAAAAUGCACAGGGUGACCCCUGUUUAGAAAUGAAGGAGUCAGCUAGAGCAGAAAUCUUAUAG